CAGAGACGGGUGAAAUUGGGAACUGAACACAAAGAUAUCGAGGAACCACGUGUGCGACGCCCUUUUCUUUCAUUUCCAUUUGCUUUUGUUUAUUUCUUUCAAUUCCCAACGUCCCGUCUAAUUUUCCCGCUUCACUGUAUCAUAUGAUUCAUAUCCGGCGCAAUGUCGCCCCUGAGAGAUACCAAUUCCAAUCCAUACGGGACACUAAACCACUCCGUUCCGGCUCCGAGUAACGAGUCCAGCAAUGACAUUCGGCCAGUUGAAGAGCGGCCUCUGCUAGGCAGGAAACCAGAGCCUCGGACCUGGUGGCGGCGCAACAUGUCGGCCCAAGUCCGCCGCGACUGGGCCGACACAGUGCUCUUAGCCUGCUACAUCAUCACCGGAUUAUUGGACAGCGCUUCCAUCUCAACCUGGGGGGCUUUCGUGUCGAUGCAGACAGGAAACACGGUCUACCUAGGCCUGGGUCCCACAGCCGGAACAAACAGAUGGAAGAAAUCCGGCCUCUCCAUCCUCUCCUUCUCCCUCGGCUCCUACCUCUUCAGCCGCCUCCACCGCGUCUUCCCCCCGACGCCGCGCACCCGAUGGGUCCUUUGCCUCUCCUUCGCCCUGCAAGCCGUGCUGACUGCCGCCGCCGCCGCCAUCGUUACCUGGGGCCCUUCCGACGACGCCGGCCCCGACGACGCGCCGUGGUACGUCCUGCUGCCGAUCGGUCUCGUGGCCCUGCAGAGCUGCGGCCAGGCCGUGGCGAGCCGCGCGCUCAAGUACAACGCCCUGACCAGCGUUGUGCUGACGAGUAUUUACUGCGACUUGUUCUCGGACGCGGACCUGUUCGCCGGGUUGAGGGCUAACGCGGAGCGGAACCGUCGGGCGGCGGCGCCGGUUUUGUUGCUCGUCGGGGCGCUGAUGGGGGGUGUUUUGGCUAGUAGCCCUCUGGGGACCGCGGGGGCGUUGUGGACCGCUGUGGGUUUGAAGUCUAUGAUUGUUGUUUCUUGGUUCUUUUGGCCCGAGGAGAUGUGAGAUGUGAGCGAUCCUGCUAGGCAAGACGUAUUCUAGCGUUUUACGAAGUAUAUGGUUCUAUUAUCCGCCAUCGAGACUAGAAGGCAGAUCAACAGGUACCUUGUUAGAUAGUGAAACGCAU